GGGACUGGUGGUAUAUAAACGUUGUCCAGAGUGAUAAGUCCGCACUAAAAUCGACGCGCUAUGACUUCCAGAUCUCCCCGACGACCGCCACCGGCGUAUACUGCGCCUGCUACGGCUACCGUUUACGCAUCUUCACCCGUCUAUAGGAAAAUCGCAGCCACGGCAGCCGAGUCGUCUGCUCGCAAAUUGGAGACUACGUUCACGAUUGGUCCGUGUUCCGGACAGGCGUGGGUUGUUAAAGCAGGCCAGGUAUGUCGAUUGACGACGCCAGAGGGACCGCAGGUGGGAGAUCUCAACAUCUGGAAUGCACAUAAUCCUCGCGAACGUAUGUGGGCGGCGCGAACCCGUCAAAUUCACAGCUCGCAUGUCUCGGUUGGCGACCGCCUAUGGUCCAAUCUGCCAUAUCUACGACCAUUGGUGACUAUUACUGGUGAUUCCCUUGCCGGAGGUCAAUUGCACAACGUUUUGGAUGCGGAAGGGAAUAAGCUGGAAGGCAAAGGCUUUGGAACAACUCAGUGGGGAGGUCGAGUUCACGAUUUGCUAGGAACACGGUGCGACCCGUACGUGAAUUUGCUCAUGGGCGGAGAAACCUUUGAUUUCCACUGUCAUUCGAACUUGACUCGCGCAGUGGUUCCUUUUGGCUUGACGGAGUUUGACGUACACGACGUGCUCAAUGUGUUUCAAGUGACGGGCUUGGAUGAGCAAGGGAAGUACUUUAUGGAGACAUCGCCUGCACGACCCGGGGAGUAUUUUGAAUUCUUUGCAGAAGUAGAUGUACUCUGCGCGCUUUCAGCGUGUCCAGGUGGCGAUCUUUCGCAGUGGGGCUGGGAAGGAAAGGAAGGAAGCGAUAUGGCGGCAACGUGCCGUCCUCUGGGGGUAGAAGUCUACAGUCUCGUCGAUACGGAGAUCAUGAAAGAUUGGAAGCAACCGGAAAGCCCUGGUUACAAGGGAAUGCACGGGCUGAAAAUGCCACCGAGGGAGGAUCGCAAAGACAACAAGCAUGUUGGUGUGUAGCUUGACAAACUACACAAUUAGGAAGUGGACAGGUUGCUAAAUAAUGCAAUUGACUUCAUUUCAGCUGU